CAGCAACAACAACAACAACCGCCAAUUCACCGGUGGGUUUAUAACUGGGACGAUUCGCUGGUUUUCCAGUGCUUUGACUACCACAACAAACAAGAUACAAUGUCCGGUGGUAAAGGAAAAGCAGGAACUUCAGAAAAAGCAUCAACUUCCAGAUCAGCCAAAGCUGGUUUGACUUUCCCAGUUGGUAGAGUUCACAGGUUAUUAAGAAAAGGGAACUAUGCUCAAAGGGUUGGUUCUGGUGCUCCAGUAUACAUGACUUCGGUUUUGGAAUAUUUAGCUGCAGAAAUCUUGGAAUUGGCCGGUAACGCUGCCAGAGAUAACAAGAAGUCCAGAAUCAUUCCAAGACACUUACAAUUGGCUAUUAGAAAUGAUGAAGAAUUAAAUAAGUUAUUGGGUCAUGUCACCAUUGCUCAAGGGGGUGUUUUACCAAACAUCCACCAAAACUUAUUACCUAAGAAAUCAGGUAAAGCCACCAAAGGUUCUCAAGAAUUAUAG